AUCUUCAUCAACAACAUCUUUGAUUUUCUUUUCUUCCCUCUUGAUUUCCACCUACUACCAAACCCACCCUACUCAACUUGCACAAAUCAAGCUCCUCUUUCUAUAUCUCCCUCCUUUUCUUCUCUUCUUUCUUUGCAUGCUUGUCCUACAAUUCAUGGACUGAUUUGCAAAAUUUCCUCACCUACCAUUGAAGCAAAAAUGAUUUAGAAUCAGAAACUGUAGCUUACGAUGCAUUGCUGCUAGUCAAGCUGAUCUCUGAAGUCACUCUGUUUUCAUUCUUUUUCCUCUUUAACUCUAAACUCUUUUUCUGCUCUCAAGAUUUUUCCUUCAACUCGUGCAUUGUUCUUCUAAAACCUGCUAAAGAUCUUUGAGUCCAAAGGGGAGAUAGAAUUGGAAUGCAUAAAGUACAUUCAAUGUUUCAUUUUUGAUCUGUUUGUUCUCUGCAUCAACCUCUGUUUUCGUUCUGCUCCGCUCUGUUCUUUCUUAUUUGCCAGAGCUGUGUUGCCAACCAGCCUUGAAAUUCCUACGAGCAGAAUCCUAUUUCUAGUGAUGGAUUCUUUCAGUAGAUCAUCUGGAUUCCGUUUUAACCCCAAUUCAAACACCGUUGGUGAUGCAGACCAAGAUUCUGAGUUUUCGGGCAUUCUUGAAAUCUAUGUUCACCAUGCUAGGAAUAUUCAUAAUAUAUGUAUCUAUGACAACCAAGAUGUUUAUGCGAAAUUCGCUCUCACCUAUAACCCUGAUGAUACCCACUCGACUAGAAUCAUCAAUGGAGGUGGAAAGAAUCCGGAAUUCAAUGAAAACUUGAUGAUGAAAGUUACUCAAAUUGACGCUGUCCUCAAAUGUGAGAUAUGGAUGCUUAGUAGGGCUAGAAACUACAUGGAAGACCAGCUCUUGGGAUUUGCUUUGGUUCCAAUUUCACAGGUUGUUGGCAAAGGAAAAGUCACUCAAGAUUAUAGCCUCUCUUCCACUGAUCUUUUCCAUUCUCCUGCUGGUACUGUGAAAUUGAGUCUCUCUUUGAACACUUGUAUACCUGUCAAUCCCCAGACCAAUUCCUUUCCUGAAACCACCUCGACCAAUUCUUCAAUAUCAGCAGAAGUAGUAUUGCUUGAUCGAAAAAUCUCCGAAGUUAUUUUAGACCCGGUUGAGUAUUCGAGGAUAGAAUUUCCUGAUAUCAAUGUCGUUAGGGAGAACCAGCAAAUGGUUUCUGAGUACUUUGAUGGUCUGAAGUCAAGGCCAGGAAUUGCUUCAUUUCUUCACCUUGGUGCCUCUCAUCAGCAUGUUGAAGAUUACGAAAUGACAGCAAAUUCAUCUGAGGAAAAUCAUGGUGGAUCCAUUUCUCCAAAUGGAAGCCUUCAAAAUUCUGGAUUUCUGAGUUCGACUACCACAAGCCUAAGUGAUGAUAGGAACUCCGCUGACUCUACUGAGAAGAAGAGUCGUCUUGGUGGGGAGUCAUCUAAUUCCCUCAACGCAUCAGUCACCACUGAGGCUAAUCCAAGCUCAGGCGUUUGUCCAGAUACCCCAACUUCAAAGAAAGGAGGUGAAGCUGGAGACGAGAAAGACUUGAAUUAUUCAAUCAAGGAAGAAGGGAGCAGCAACAAAGAAGGAAACAUGAAUCCUGUUAAAUAUGGUCAGGUGUUUUCAGCUCCACUCGGAAACAUCAAUCUUGAGGCAGAACAGUCUGCAAUGCAGCAACAAAUAGUAGACAUGUACAUGAGGAGCAUGCAACAGUUCACUGAAUCUUUGGCUAAUAUGAAGCUCCCAAUGGAUCUUGAUCACAAACCCGGACGUGAAGAUCGCGGCGAUGUGAUUCAAAACCACACCAAGAAAAUAGAACAUGAGAAAAAGAAGGAUGGGUCGCGGGUUUUUUAUGGUAGCCGGGCAUUCUUCUGAAGUUGUAAUCAAAUCGCCAUUGCUGCAAAUGUUGGGAGUAUCAUCUUAACUUAUCCAAACUCUGAGGUUUUUGACAUCCAUUUUUAAUUCCUUUUAGUUCUGCCCUUAACAGCUUCUCUUGAAGAGCCUACUUCUCUCGGGAAUUCAGUUGUAAUCCUUGUAUUGACUUCAAUGUGAGAUUUUAAUUUAUAAUUGUAACAUGGCAAUGUGAAUAACUGAUCAAAGAUCCUUCUGUUUUUAUGAUUAGAGCUUAGAAGUUUUUUA